AUGCAGUACAAUCAGAGUGCCCUGUUGCUGGACGAGAACCGGAUCCUGUUAGAGCAGAAUAAUGAAAAGAUCUGUCGACAAUCCAGUAGAUCAACAGUCGUCGGAAAUGCGAAAGUGAUGAGCUAUGAUGAUAUCAUUAAAGCGCAAAGGAAGCACGAUCUGAAGCCAGUGAAACCAGGUUCUAUACAUCAAAAGAGUUCGAAAACUGUAGACAGAUUACUUUCUAAAUCAGAGAAAAAAAUGCAAAGCAGAAUACACAAGAUUUAUAAAGCAAUAUAA